AUGUUACAAGGCACCAAAAAAAAGGACGAAAAAAAAAAUGCUGAAGUAGAACUUCCAAAUCCAGCGACGUUAGGCCGACGAACCGGGGGGCAGGGUGACGGCGACAGGAACCGGGGGGCUGAGGAGCGGCGGCGCCGAGGCGGUGGCUGGAGCCUGCUGUGGGAGAGCGGGUUGGCAGCCACGGCCGCCGUCGUCGCAGCCCCUUUGCCCCUGACUGCUGCUGCUGGUGCUGGUGGACCUGUGGCGAACGAUUCCGAAGCCCAGGACGAGGCCCACCACCAGAAGCACAGCCACUACCAAGAAGAAGAUCUUGGUGGCCUUCCCCACCCAACCCCGCUGCUUCCGCCGGCGCCGUCAACACCUUCUCCGUGCUUUGCUCUCCCAAAACCCGCGACGCCCCAUAAGAUUACUGUGAUUUGCCCUAAAAUCUUUCCUCCCCAGCAACUCCAACCUCUUUCUUUACUGUGCUUUGCCCUAAAACCUUUCCUCCCCAAACCUUCGGCGACUCCAGCAACCCGCGACGCCCCUUACAUCUCCGCCAUCUCGGCGACUCCAACAGCCAUCUCGGCGACUCCAACAGCCCGCAACACCCCUUACAUCUGCGCCAUCUCGGCGACUCCAGCAACCAUCUCGGCGACUCCAGUAGCUCCGGCUUCCCCUCCCUUCGUCGACUCCAGCAGGUUGCUAUUGAAUGGCAUCAUCAAGUAACAGCAGCAUCAACCAUACCAAAUUUGAAAAUGUACGAUGCAGGGACUGUGGACUAAAUGCAUUGGUGCUAGUCUCUAGAUCAAUCAAGAACCCAGGAAGAUUAUAUUAUGGAUGUAAGCAGCAUGGAUGGUUAA